UCUUUCUCGAACAAAGAAAAAGGAAAAAUAAAGGAGACAUGUCGAUCGAUUCUGCUGUUUCUAUUGCGUGGGAUGUCUUGAAGUGGGUAGUUGUUCCCAUCAAGCGUCAAUUCGGAUAUGUGAUCUCCUCCAAGAGCUACGCCAACGGUCUUCAGGAGGAAGUCCAGAAGCUGGCAAACGAGUCUCAGAGGGUCCACAUUCUUGCGGAAGUGGCCAGAAACAAUCUUCGGAUUUUCAACAGUGGCUUCACGGAGUGGCAGGCAAGUGCUGAGAUGGCCUUGGAAGAGGCGAAAGACCUGUCGGGCAAAUUUGAAGGGGCGAGCAAGAGUUGCUGCCGCGGGACUCUUCCCGACCCCGUUUGUCGCUAUCAGUUCAGCAGGAAGGCCAAGGAAAAGAUGGAGGCCCUCCGGCAACUAACUCGAAAAUGCAGUAAAUUCAAGGAACUGAAUGACAUCUCCUUCAGCCUUCCUGCUCCGGGGAAUGUCACUGCUCCAACUCCGGACAGGAGAGAGGGCAAAGAAAUCAUGCAGUCGACCACUGCGACGGCCUCUGCUUCUUCUGCCUCUACUGCUAUUAAGGACGAUGGUGUCUUCGAAUCCAGAGCUCAGAUCAUAAGGGACAUCAUGGACGCUCUUGCUGAUAAAAACAACAGUGCGGUCGGGGUUUCCGGGAUGGGCGGGGUUGGCAAGUCCACCCUUUUGGUGGAUGCUGAAAGGCAAAUAAGCGAAGAGAAGUCGUUUGAUUGGGUCGCUAAGGCCGACGUGUCGCAAAAUCCAGACAUCAAGACCAUUCAAGGAGAGAUUGCGGACGCCUUGGGCCUUAUUGACAUUAAGAACAAAGAGACUACCAGCGGGCGAGCGAAACUUCUGCACGAGAGGUUGAAAGACGAGGAGAGGAAGAACAAGAAGGUGCUCAUAAUACUGGAUAACCUGUGGAAGGGGUUGGACUUGAAAUCAGUCGGUAUUCCUUGCGGACAUGACAACAAGGUCAUAGGGUGCAAGUUGUUGUUGACGUCAAGAGAACGUGAUGUUUUGCGAACUGAAAUGGGCUGCGACAAGUACUUCCCCCUUGGUGAGCUGAAGGAGGAAGAGGCAAAAAGUUUGUUUGAGAGGCUGGUGGGAGACAAAGUUCAUGAUGACGGGUUCAAAUCCUUGGUGGAUGAAGCCCUCCACAAAUGUGCAGGUUUGCCUUUCCUUAUUGUCCAUAUGGCGAAAGUUUUUAAACGUGCUGAGUUAUCUGACUGUAAGAAUGCUUUGAAGCAAAUUAAGUUGUCUAAAAACGAAGGAAUCGGUGAGGUGAUAAAUGAGAGGUUGCAAUUGAGUUAUCACAACUUAAAAGACUCGGAGAAGUCAUUGUUAGCGCUCUGUGUUGCUUAUGGCACCUCUAAGCCCUCUUUCGAAAACUUGGUGAGGUACGCUGUGGGUUGGGGGCUCUUUCAAGAAGAUGACAACAUCGAAGAAGCUAGAGAGAGUUUGAGAUCAGGGAUUCGUGCUCUUCAAGACUCCUCCCUUCUGUUAGAGGAUGAAAAUGCUUAUGGUUUCAAGAUACACGACUUGGUUAGUGAGUUUGUUGCCUCGGUCGCUUCAAGAGAUCAUCCUCUUCUCGUUUUGAAAGAAAAAGAUAAGUUGUUAGUAGAAUGGUCAAAGGACAAGCUCAAAAGUUGUAGGGCAAUAUGCUUUCCCUACAUCGACAUGAAGGAGCUUCCUGAAGGGUUAGAUUGCCCCGAAAUGCGGAUCUUUUUGUUGUUCACAAACAAUGAAACUCUUAAAGUCCCGGAUUCUUAUUUCAACUCCAUGAGAAAACUCGUGGUCUUGCAUCUUUCUCGGGUGCGUCUCAGUCGUUCACCUUCGCCAUUUCAGUCCUUGGAGGACUUAUACACUCUCUGUCUAGAUGGUUGUUCGUUAGAUGAUGUAGCCAUGAUUGGCGAGCUAAAAAGGCUGCAUAUUCUUAGCUUUGUCAACUCCAAUAUUCAACGAUUGCCAAAAGAAAUCGGACAAUUGGUACAGCUGAAGUUGCUAGACUUAGACAAUUGCUCACGACUUGAGAUAAUUGAACCGGGUGUGCUCGAAAGCUUGACGAAUUUGGAGGAGUUGUAUAUGAAGAAUAGCUUUGAUCGUUGGAAUGCCAUAGAGCAAAUUCCUCCAACUAAUGCCAGGCUCAUUGAGUUGAACAAAUUGAAGAAUCUCUAUACUUUGCAUGUGUCCAUUCUCGAUCCGAGUGUGCUCCCGGAGGAUCUAAAUGUUGAGAAACUAACCAAGUACCAAAUCCGGAUAGGUGAUGUGCCAUGGUGGCGAACUCGCAAUGGAUCGAGCAUAUUGGAGCUUACGUUGGAUCCAAUAAGCGAUAUUCUUCAGAAAGGAUGCAUACAAACUUUAUUAGGGAAAACCGACGAUCUCUUCUUAGAUGGAUUAAACGGAAUUGAGCAGACUAUUUGCGUGUUAUCCCAAAAAGGUUUUUCGAAAUUAAAGCACCUACAAGUCAAGAAUAGUUCCUCCGUCCAAGACGUCCUCCAAUCUCCAUCACAUACGGAGUUUAAGAUGUUGGAGUCGUUACUUCUCGAUAACCUCAUCAACUUGGAAAAGAUAUGCAAUAGCCACAUCUCCUCCAAUUCCUUCAGUGCAUUAAAGGUAGUACGAGUUGAAAACUGCAACAAGAUGGGAGUUUUGUUUCCUCUUUCAUUGUUGAGAGAACUUCCACAGCUUGAAGAGAUGCGAGUUGUCGAGUGCCACUUAAUGCGGGAGAUUGUAGAAAUUGAUGAUAGUGGAAAAGUUGAGUUGCCAAAUUUGCGGGUAUUGGAAUUGCGUGACUUGCCAAAUAUAAAAAUUUUUGUCACCGACGGGACGGCUCCUUCAUGUAGUACAUCAAAUGACCAAGUUGGCCCUCAAAUUGCAUUCUUCAACGGGCAACAGGUUGCGUUUCCUAGCUUGGAGACAUUAUACAUCUCGAGUAUGGAUAGCAUUGAGACAAUAUGGGACAAUCAAGUUGCUGCGGAGUCUUUCUGCAGACUAAAAUCGCUCAGUGUUUAUGAAUGCAACAAGCUAGUGAACAUUGUUCCUUCUUACAUUCUUGGAAGGCUCAAGAGCUUGGAAAGUUUGGAGGUAGGAUCAUGUGAUUCGCUUGAAGUUGUUUUCAAACUGCAACCAUUGAGUCCUCUAGAUGGACAUCCCAUUGCUCGUUUUCCAUUAAAAAAGUUGAAGUUAUGGGGAUUAUCAAAGCUAAAGCAUGUAUGGGAUAAGGAACUUCACAGUCAAGUCAAAUUCCAGUGUCUUCAUUCCAUUACCGUUUCCAGAUGCGAGAGCCUCACCUCUCUGUUUCCAGCUUCAUUAGCUCGAGAUCUAAUGCAACUUGAGGAGUUGAAGAUCGAUGGAUGUGGUGGCAUUGUGGAACUCAUCGAGAAGGAAGGACUAGUUCCCAGGGAUGUGUUCCCUAAGUUAACCUCCCUCGAGCUUAACCAUCUACCAGAGUUGAAGUGCAUCUACACAGGAACACAUGCUCUACGUUGGCCGGCAUUGAAGACCUUGAAGAUGGAUGGCUGUAACAAAGUGGAGAUACUUGCUUCGCAACCUGAGAAUGAGAUGCCACUUCAUAAACAACCUCUCUUCUUGAUAGAAAAGGGCGCAUUCUCAAAUCUGCAAGAGUUAAAAUUAGAUUUAUAUGGAGGGAUGGAGAUAUGGCAUGGGCAUUCUCAUGAUGGAGAAUCCUUUUGCAAGGUUAGAGUUCUCGAGCUUCGUCAUUUCUCGAAGGAAUUUGCAAUGUCCACAUGUCGUCUUGUUCGGAGUUUAACCAACUUGCAAGAGCUGGUUGUACGCAAUUCUGAUAUAGAAGAGCUGAGCGACAUUGUGGAAGCCAAAGAAGGCCCAAGGCACGAGUUAAAAGUAAUACCACCAUUUUCCAGAUUUUUUCAACAUCUCAAGACUCUAGAUGUGUCAUUUUGUGAUGGGUUAUCAAAGAUGUUCACACCGACAAUAGCUGGAAAUUUGGUGGGACUCACGAAAUUGAGGAUAAGUAAAUGCAAAAUGUUGACAGAAGUCAUUUGUGACGAUGGAGGUGAGGAGGGGCUUGUGGUGGUUUUCAAUCAAUUGAAGUAUAUGGAGCUUGAUGGGUUGACGGGGUUGAGAUGUUUCAGCUCAAGUAAAUACGCUUUAAUGUUUCCACUCUUGGAAGAUGUCAUUGUGAGUGGAUGUCCCAGCAUGAAGUUCUUCUCUGAGGGACCAAUAAAUACGCCAAAGUUGGAGAGAGUACACGUCUCAACAGAAGCAUGGUUUUGGGAGGAAAACCUCAACAUCACCAUCCAAAAUAUGUUUAAAGAAAUGGUAUGCAUCGGUUAUCAAAUUCUGUGCAAUUAGAUGGUCUUGUUGCGU